UCCCGGGCAGCUGCCGUGCGAGCCCGCUCGCCUCGUCUCUCCUCGCCUCUCCUGGCCUCUCCUCCUCGCCUCGCCGGGCCGCCGUGCCGAGGCGAGCCGAGCCAGCCCGGCGUCUGUGUGCAGGCGUGGGCGGGGGGGCUGCCGCAUGGGUUUCGCGAAGGCUGGGAGGGAACACAUGGGUUGGGUUUUUUUUUCCUUGGCCCGCGGUGGCUGCCCGUCCUGCCGGCCGUGGUUAUGGAUUCGCUCAUUAUUCAGGAGCGGUUAGUGGAGCGGCUGCUUUCUCCCAGGACUCAGGCGCAGCGAAGCCACCCAGCCAAGCUGAAGGACCAUGAGAAGCAGUACGUGGGCUUUGCCACUCUGCCAAACCAGGUCCACCGGAAAUCUGUGAAGAAAGGUUUCGACUUCACCCUGAUGGUUGCAGGAGAGUCGGGUCUGGGCAAAUCCACGCUGGUGAAUAGCCUGUUCCUGACAGACCUCUACAAAGACAGAAAACUCCUCAAUGCCGAGGAGAGAAUCAACCAGACAGUGGAGAUUGUCAAGCACACGGUGGACAUUGAGGAGAAGGGUGUCAAGCUGAAGCUGACCAUAGUGGACACACCAGGCUUUGGAGAUGCUGUUAACAACACUGAGUGCUGGAAGCCCAUCACUGACUACAUCGACCAGCAAUUUGAACAGUAUUUCCGCGAUGAGAGUGGCCUGAACCGUAAGAACAUCCAGGACAACCGAGUUCAUUGCUGCCUCUACUUCAUCUCGCCCUUUGGUCAUGGACUGAGGCCUGUGGAUGUUGAGUUCAUGAAAGCUCUGCAUGAGAAGGUCAACAUUGUGCCUCUCAUUGCCAAAGCUGACUGCCUGAUCCCCUCCGAGAUCCGGAAGCUAAAAGAGAGGAUCCGGGAAGAGAUCGACAAAUUUGGCAUUAAAGUGUACCAGUUUCCUGAGUGUGAAUCUGAUGAAGAUGAGGAGUUCAAGCAGCAAGACAGAGAGCUGAAGGAGAGCGCCCCCUUUGCCGUCAUCGGCAGUAACACCGUGGUGGAGGCAAAAGGCCAGCGGGUCCGAGGGCGGCUCUACCCCUGGGGCAUUGUGGAAGUGGAAAACCAGGCACACUGUGACUUUGUGAAGCUGCGGAACAUGCUGAUCCGGACACACAUGCACGACCUGAAGGACGUCACUUGUGAUGUCCACUAUGAGAACUACCGAGCUCAGUGCAUCCAGCAAAUGACCAGCAAGCUGACUCAGGACAACAGAAUAGAAAGCCCAAUUCCUAUCCUGCCUCUCCCAACACCGGACACUGAGACAGAGAAGCUGAUCAAAAUGAAGGAUGAGGAGUUACGGCGGAUGCAAGAGAUGCUGCAGAAGAUGCAGCAGCAGAUGCAGGAUCAGUGAGAGGCAGGUACCUGGAGGGCAGAGGGAAUCCCCCAGUGACCAUCUGAGGCCUGGCAAGAGCUGUGGACGUUUAGAAAAGGUUUCCUGUUGUAUAGAGACUUGUGGGAAGAGCUGUACCCGCUCCCUCUAAUUUAUUAGCAGCAUUGCUGGCUUUGUGGUCAGCUGGAUUGUGGAGGAGGCUGUUCACUUAACAGUUUACUGAUGUGUUUCUUUUUUAAUAUUUUAAUUAUUUUUUUUUAAAAGAAAAUAACCUGGCAAGUCUCUUAAGGCAUCCUAAAAAGAGAGGGGAAAAAAAAGAGAUCUCCCUAUCCCAUGUACUAAUCUCUUGAUUGGGAAUGCUCUCUUAUUUUAAGUCUUGGUUUCUCUGGUGUACAAACUUGAAGACUUUCUGUGUCAAUGCACGUAAAUGUUUACUCCCAACUGAGGUGCUGUGCCCCACUCCCUGUUCCCCUUCUCUGGGGCCAGCACAAGCAUUGUAAAGGCAGCCAUACCCUCUUGUGAGUUUGACCUGUGCUGCUCAGCCCUGGCCCUGAGAGCUGGGGCUGUGGGUUUCUCUGUGCACUGAACUGCUCAGGGGUCCUGAUAGUUCCCUGGUUUCUUGCUUGGAAUUUUCUGAGGUUUUAUUGUUUAGUUGGUUGGUUUUGAUUUUCCUGUCAAGAAACUCCAGGAUCUUUGCACUGAGCAGGAAAGGGACUGAGGUCAGUUUGAAGAAAAUUACUUCUACUGCUCUCAACUAUGUUUUUCUGGCAGAGAGGAUGAGUUGUUGACUAUUGCCUGCAAGGAGGAGAUGAUGGGAGUGAGCACCUUUCUGGCUAUGGUUUCCUCCUUUGGCAGGCCAGAGGUGUUGGUAGAGGAACCUCAGGGUGCUGCAGCAGCUGGGUGAGGAUAUCAGACUGUUCCCCACACACGUUUAAGCUCUAGUCAUCCAGCUGCAUUGUGUCUCCAGCAUCUGCUCUCUUUGAGAGCACCAUGGCAGCCAGAGUGCUUGGCUGGGACUGCUUUGAAGGGUGUAGGAACCCUGGGCAGAGGUGUGCCCUACCCUAGGCUUUCCAGUCCCACAAGUGCAUUGCUGGUUUUGAGCUUCUCCUGGGGAAGGGGCAGUUUUUGUAGGCUGGUAUCAGUGAUCUGCAGGCCACUUGUCUAGGCAGGAGUUGGGUCAGCGUGGUAGGUGCAGGAAUGUCACUGUGUGGGGCUGAGCGGACGUGGCACUGGCUCCCCUGCCCUUUCCCUGGGACUCAGCCCUUCUCCCCUGCCCCAUUCCCUUUUCCUGUCUCUCAAGCACUGGGAAGGCUGGUGGAUCUGCUGGACAGAGAUAAGAACACUCUUUGGGCAGCAGUUUCUGUCCUGUUCUUACUUCCUGGAUAUUUUUAACUUUUGACUAGCCAGAGCAGAGCCCCAGCAUGUGAUGUGCCUGACAGGGCAGGCCUCAGCAGCAACACUGCCACACUCACAGGGAAUCAGGACUGUUGGAGGGAGAAACACUUGGCUCUUCAGUCCAGGGUGUGCUGCUGUGGGCUGGGCCCUUCUGCUCCUCUGGCUUUUGGCCCAGUUCCUCUGUCCCCUUUCCCCCUUUGUAUCUGCUUCUCCAUCUCUGACUCUCCCUGGGUUGGAAGCACAGUGUUGGCCAGGAAUAACCAGGCCUUAAAUUCUGUUGUUAGAUGCUGUGUUGUCUGAUUCCCCUGUGGGGCUUUAGAACCCUGAUCAGAGCUCACCAGUGGUGAGUAUGUUGGCUGGUUCCAGUUACUCACUGUACAGAGCCUCUGCUUAGCCAAAACAUGGGCUGUAGGGGCAGGGGAGAGACCCUGGCACAGUGUGGAAGGAUAAAGUGAGGUGGAAGCCCCUUGGGAGAAAUGUGCAAGCUAGGCAAGAGCAAUGUCCAACAAUGUGGGUUGUUUUGUUUUUUCAUUCUUCCCUUUAUUUGACUCUCAAGUGACCGUGGCAGUUCUAGCCUAGGGCAGGGAAAGGUGCAGCAUGUCUUUAAUCACAUGCAGGACCAAGCUGCUUAAGGAGGAAAUGUGACCUUUAUCUGUGUGAUUGGCUUAUUUGAGCAGUGGAGUAGCCUGAAACAAGAGCUUCCUCCAGGUUUUCUGGGGCUGGUUUGCUGCUGUUCAGAGCAGGAGGACUGCUGAGUUCUCAGCUUUGUAUGUGUUAGUGUAGUGGGAAACACCUUGUGGUACCCGUCCCCUCUUUUCUUUCACUAGUCUUGUCUGUGAGGAGACUGUUCCAUUGCAAAUGAGCCCUGUCCAGCUGGAGAUGUUCCUCUUUCCAACAGAUUAAUUCCUGUAAGAUAAAGGAGACCUUUACCCUUUUGCAUGGAUGUAAAAGAGCUUUUGUCCUGGGCUGUGGUUGGAAGUUCUGUUUGCUGGUGAGAGCAUGGGGGACACUGGUCACAGGCAGGCAGGAUUGCUGAGGGUGAAUCUGCCCCAUCCCUCUGGGUGAGGAGAGCUCAGUGCACAUGGCUCCUCCAUCAAGUCCAUAGUCACAAGUCUGUCCUCUACAGAGAGCUGAAACCUUUGGCCACCAGCUGGCAAAGAGGGUUCAAAUUGCACUUAUUAAAAAAACACAGAGGAGUGAGGCACCAGAGAUGGCCUUUACAGAGGAGCAGUGGUGCUGCUGAAAUCAGGCCUCCACCUUGGAGGUUCCCAGGCCAGAGCACCAGAGUUGGGGGCUGCCUUAGAGACUGACUUUGAGGAGCACCAAGGCCUCGACUCUAUCCUGCAAGGUGGCAUCUGUUUAUUAAAGGAGGACUGUUGCACUUGAGCUGCACAGUAAGUGGAGAAGAGAUUCCUGAAGUUGGCCAUUUGGCUCUGGCAGUGAGAAGUGUGAAUAGGAAAGUAAUUUAACACCUCCCCUCACACAACCCUCCACAGCCUCAUAUGGACCCCAGUGUCCCCAGGGGACAUUCCCACACUUCUGCCAAGCUUUACCCUGCCAAGUGAGUCCCUGCAGGGGUGGUGUCCCUCCUGCAGAGCUGUCUAAGCAGCAGCUGGGGCUGUCGGUAGAACAUCUCAGACCUUGUGCCGGACUGGGAAGGGAGCCAUGGCCUGAACUCCGUAUGUGCUGCUGCUGUGCUGGUCCUGCCUGUGCAGUCCUUGCUGCCUCCCUGCAUGCCUCCCCCCAGAGAAGUAGGGGUUCCCACUCUUGGUGCUCUGAGAUGGCAUUCCCUGCUCCUCCUCACAAACCCUGCUGUGCUUUAAUGCUGGCUUGCUCCUGCCAUGCAACUUCCUCACCCCCUGCUCCAUUCCUAGGCUCUUUGUUUCCUGUUCAUCUGUUGGGUUAUUAUAUAUAUAUAUGUUUUGUAAAUUUCUGUUUGAACAUUUUGUCAUUGUGAACAAAGAAAAAUGAAACCCUUUAAAACAUAUCCAUUUUAUUAAAUGAUUAUUGUUAUUAUUAUUAAUAAUGUUUACUACCUGAAUUGAUCAGUGAAAUAAAUACAUGCAAAAUCCCAA